UGGCCCCUAUUUAGUGGGUUAGUUAAUUGGGUGGUACAAGGCAGAGCCCACCACCACUGUGCAGCUCAGCAGCACCAUGACUACUAACCUUGUUAAGAACAAAACCUGAAAAGCCAACUCUGAAAGCAUCGACAACUGAAAUCAAAACACCUUCUUGACUUCUUUCAAUCUCUCAUCAAAUGGAGUCCACUCCGGAGUUUUACCAGAACGUCGUCGUAAUGAGACACGGCGAUCGCAUCGACAACUUCGACCAUUCCUGGGUCUCCACCGCCGCCCGCCCCUGGGACCCACCGCUCGUUCAACAAGGCCGCGUCUUCGUCUCCCCCUUCCUCCGCUGCGUUCAAACCGCCGCCGAAGUUGUCUCUGCCCUCUCCGCCGUCUCCGACUCCCCUGACGCCCUCACCGGCGACGCCCCUCCCAUCGAUCCUUCCAAAAUCAAGGUUUCUGUUGAAUAUGGAUUGUGUGAAAUGAUGAGCAGAGAAGCUAUCAGGCUUGAUGUUGCUCCAAAAGAUGGAAAUUGGGGUUUUGAUAUAUCCGAGCGCCAAGCCAUGCUUCCACCUGGCACAGUUGAUGAAAAUGCAGUAAAAAUCUAUAAAGAGUUGCCCCGGUGGGAAGAGCCUGUUUUGCAAACUAAGGCAAGAUAUCAGCACAUCGUCAAAGACCUCGCGGAUAAACAUCCUACUGAAAACUUGCUGCUUGUCACACAUGGGGAAGGAGUUGGGGUUGCUCUUUCUUCAUUCAAGAAGGGUACAACAGUUUAUGAAGUUGAUUACUGUGGAUAUGUGGAACUUCGACGCCCUAUUUUCAAGAAAGACCAAUCAUUUGUUGCUGGGGAGUUUGAAGUAACUGGCCAAACAGCUGUAAACUUCAUCUCCUCCGAAAUCCUUUGAGCAAUCACAAUCACCAUCACUAUCUCUUGGACUCCAUUUCAUGACUCCACUGUUGUGUUGUCAAAUGCGAAUUAUUAGUUCGAAUUUAGUAGCAGAAUUAAAACACCAUUAGAUUAUGCUUCCCACAAUGUCGUUUGCCUUGAUUGACUACUAGUAAACAUUGGAGAAAAAGAAAUUAGGUGGAAAAGCGAUAGAAACAAGUGGACUCAAUUCUUCCAUUUAUUCAAAAUAAGUUGAAAAUUUACAUUAAUCUAAAUCAAGCUAUGGACAAUAUUAUGUUUGAUAGAAUUGAAUUUAAUGGUGAUGUAUUAUCGCUUCAUAGAA